AAUUCAAAAUGGUGGAUUUCUGCUGCGUCGCAUGAGUAAAACGUGAAAAACGAUCUUUUUGUUUCAAAAAAGUGCAUUUAAAAACAAGUGGCCUGCAGGAAAAACAUAAACAUUUGCCAGCGACCGUAAACAAGUGAAUGUCCUGUAUUUAAUGAGCGCUAUAAGGCAACUGUGUGUGCUACCACGACAAUAUAAUGAGCCAGGCACUCAAUGAAUCGGCGAAUAGUGUUGGCUCAGACGAACAAGAUGACACUCGGGACGAGACCAAUGGCACCGACCAUAGUGGCAGUGGCAGCGGUAGUGGCUCCUCUGGUUCCGACUCUGACUCGGACAGCUCCUCGGGCAACUCCAGCGAUGGACGCAGUUCCCCGGAGCCGGAAAACAAACCCUUGUCGGUGGCAGGGUUUCCACCCACAGCCGCGGCUGCCCAGGCGGACAGCAAGACGAACGGAUUCACAGACGACCAGGAGGACAGCUCCAGUGACGGGUCCAGCGGCAGCGAUUCCGACUCGGAUGCCGAGGGACCAGCAAAUCAAAGGGACCAGAGCAACAGCAAUGCCAAUACCAGCAGCAGCUUGUCUAAGCCGGAGCAGGAUGAGGAGGAGGAGGAGGACAAUGAGACUGAGGCUGCUCCGCAGCAGCCAGCCAGCGAUGCCUCUGCCGACGAAGGAAGUGAUAGUUCUGCCAAUGUUUCGCCCACAUCCUCCAGCAGCAGUAGUGAGGAAGAGGAGGAAGACUACAGACCCAAGAGAACUCGCCAGGCGCGCAAACCACCGACUGCAGCAGAGAAACCCAAGAAAGCUCCUGCCCCCAAGAACAAAAAGAAAACCUGGGACUCCGACGAUAGCGACGAAAGCGAGGACAGUGAUGAGGAUGUGUCCGCCGCCCAAAAGCGUAAACCAGCAGCCACAACCUCCCGAAGCAAGCCCACACAGCAGCAGCAGCAGCGACGUAGGGUAAAGUCCUUCAGUUCCGAGGACAGUGAUGACGACGAUGCCAGCAAACGCUGUGCUACCCGUCGCACGGCCGCUGCAGUUAGCUACAAGGAGGCAUCCGAGGACGAGGCCACCGACUCUGAGGAUCUGCUUGAGUUUGAGUACGAUGAGAGUCAGGCAGCCACCACUGCCGCUGCAGCCGAGGAAGAGGAGAAGUGCGAGACCAUCGAGCGCAUCCUGGCCCAGCGAGUGGGCAAAAAGGGAUGCACCGGCAAUCAGACAACGAUCUAUGCGAUCGAGGAAAAUGGCUUCGAUCCAAAUGCUGGAUUCGAUGAGAAGCAAAGCUCAGACGGGGAGGCCGAAACCCAGUUCCUGAUCAAGUGGAAGGGCUGGUCGUACAUCCACAACACCUGGGAAUCGGAGACAACCUUGCGUGAAAUGAAGGCCAAGGGCAUGAAGAAGCUGGACAACUUCAUCAAAAAAGAGCAGGACCAGGCCUACUGGCGGCGCUAUGCCGGACCCGAGGACAUCGACUACUUUGAGUGCCAGCUGGAACUGCAGCACGAGCUGCUUAAGUCGUACAACAACGUAGAUCGCAUCAUUGCCAAGGGCUCAAAGCCGGAUGACGGCGCCGAGGAGUAUUUGUGCAAGUGGCAGUCGCUACCCUACUCCGAGUCCACUUGGGAGGACGCCGCCCUGGUGCUGCGCAAAUGGCAACGCUGUGCGGAGCAGUUCUCGGAGCGGGAAUGCUCCAAGUGCACACCCUCCCGCCACUGCCGAGUGCUCAAGUAUCGCCCGAAGUUCUCACGAAUCAAGAACCAGCCGGAGUUCCUCUCAGCGGGCCUGACACUCAGAGACUACCAAAUGGACGGCCUGAAUUGGCUGCUGCACUCGUGGUGCAAGGAAAACUCCGUGAUCCUGGCCGAUGAGAUGGGCCUUGGCAAGACCAUCCAGACAAUCUGCUUCCUGUAUUCGCUGUUCAAACUGAACCAUCUGUACGGACCGUUCCUGUGCGUUGUGCCGCUGAGCACCAUGACGGCAUGGCAGCGAGAGUUCGACCUGUGGGCUCCGGACAUGAAUGUGGUAACCUAUCUGGGCGACAUUAAGUCACGCGAGCUGAUCCAGCAGUACGAGUGGCAGUUCGAGGGCUCUAAGCGACUCAAGUUCAAUUGCAUCCUCACAACAUACGAGAUUGUGCUGAAGGACAAGCAAUUCCUGGGUACACUCCAGUGGGCUGCGCUGCUGGUGGACGAGGCGCAUCGCCUCAAGAACGACGAUUCGCUGCUGUACAAGUCGCUCAAGGAGUUCGACACCAACCAUCGGCUGCUUAUCACUGGCACUCCGCUGCAGAACUCAUUGAAAGAGCUCUGGGCCUUGCUGCACUUCAUCAUGCCGGAUAAAUUCGACACGUGGGAGAACUUUGAGGUGCAGCACGGCAAUGCCGAGGAUAAGGGCUACACACGUUUGCAUCAGCAGCUGGAGCCGUAUAUACUGCGUAGAGUGAAAAAGGACGUGGAGAAGUCGCUGCCAGCCAAGGUGGAGCAGAUCCUGCGCGUCGAGAUGACUUCGCUGCAAAAGCAGUACUACAAGUGGAUCCUUACCAAAAACUUUGAUGCCCUGCGAAAGGGAAAACGUGGCAGCACUUCCACUUUCUUGAACAUAGUCAUCGAGCUAAAGAAGUGUUGCAACCACGCUGCCCUUAUCCGACCCUCGGAAUUCGAAUUGAUGGGCCUGCAGCAGGAUGAGGCACUGCAAACACUGCUGAAGGGAUCCGGAAAACUCGUGCUGCUCGAUAAGCUUCUCUGCCGGCUGAAGGAGACGGGCCACCGCGUUCUGAUUUUCUCACAGAUGGUGCGCAUGCUGGAUGUCCUGGCUGAUUACCUCCAGAAGCGUCACUGGCCGUUCCAGCGACUCGACGGUAGCAUUAAGGGAGAAAUGAGGCGUCAGGCCUUGGAUCAUUUCAAUGCGGAGGGCAGUCAGGACUUCUGCUUCCUCCUCUCCACAAGAGCUGGUGGAUUGGGCAUAAAUUUGGCCACCGCCGAUACGGUGAUUAUCUUCGACUCUGACUGGAACCCUCAGAACGACUUGCAGGCACAGGCGAGAGCCCAUCGCAUUGGACAGAAGAACCAGGUCAACAUUUAUCGCCUCGUCACCGCCAGAUCCGUGGAGGAGCAGAUCGUGGAGCGAGCCAAACAGAAGAUGGUGCUGGACCAUCUGGUUAUCCAGCGGAUGGACACUACGGGUCGCACUGUGCUGGACAAGAGCGGCAACGGGCACUCGUCCAACUCGAAUCCGUUCAAUAAGGACGACCUGUCUGCCAUCCUGAAGUUCGGAGCAGAGGAGUUGUUCAAGGACGAGCAGGAUCAUGACGACGAUCUGGUCUGCGACAUUGACGAGAUUCUCCGCAGGGCAGAGACCCGUAACGAGGACCCGGAAAUGCCGGCGGACGACUUGCUGUCCGCUUUCAAGGUGGCCAGCAUUGCGGCCUUUGAGGAGGAGCCCAGCGAUUCGGCUAACAAGCAGGACCAUGACGCCGCCGGCGACGAGGACGACAGCAAGGACUGGGACGACAUCAUUCCCGAGGGCUUCCGCAAGGCAAUCGACGAUCAGGUGCGAGCCAAGGAGAUGGAAGACUUAUACCUGCCGCCGCGGAGGAAGACGGUUGCUGCCAACCAAAGCGAGGGAAAGCGUGGAGCCGGCAAGGGGGCGAAGGCCAAGCAGCAGGCCGACGACUCCGGCGGCGACUCGGACUACGAGCUGGGCUCCGAUGGUAGUGGUGACGAUGGCCGACCCCGCAAGCGUGGGCGCCCUACCAUGAAGGAAAAGAUAACCGGGUUCACGGACGCGGAAUUGCGUCGCUUCAUACGUAGCUACAAAAAGUUUCCCGCCCCACUUCACCGCAUGGAGGCCAUCGCAUGCGAUGCUGAGCUGCAGGAAAAGCCGCUGGCGGAGCUGAAACUCCUCGGAGAGAUGCUGCACGACCGCUGCGUUCAGUUUCUGCACGAGCACAAGGAGGAAGAGAACAAGACUGCGGCGGCGGAUGAGAUUCCGGGCGCCAAACAGCGCCGCGCACGCGCCACCUAUUCCGUGAAGUUGGGUGGCGUCUCCUUUAAUGCCAAAAAGCUGCUGGCCUGCGAGCAGGAGCUGCAGCCGCUCAGCGAGAUCAUGCCCAGCAUGCCCGAUGAGCGCCAGCAGUGGAGUUUCAACAUCAAGACGCGCGCCGCCGUCUUCGACGUGGAUUGGGGCAACGAGGAGGACACAAAGCUGCUGUGCGGCAUUUACCAGUACGGUAUUGGGUCCUGGGAGCAAAUGAAGCUGGACCCCACGCUCAAGCUCACGGACAAGAUCCUGUUGAACGACACGCGCAAGCCGCAGGCCAAGCAGCUGCAGACGCGUGCCGAGUACCUGCUCAAGAUCAUCAAGAAGAACGUGGAGUUGACCAAGGGUGGCCAGCGACGGCAACGUCGCCCCAGAGCAUCGCGGGCCAACGACGCCAAGGCGACCAGCCAGGCGGCUAGUUCGCAAAACGAAGGCAAGUCGCAGGACGCCGAUGACCCAAGCGAUGGACGCACCGCCGCCGAGAGCAGUAUCAGUCAGGUGGACCCAUCGACCGCGUCGCCGCACAAUGCUCCGGCCGCUGAGCAGUCGAAUAGCAGCGCAAAGAAGACCAAAAAGUCCAAGGCCCGGUCGAAAAAGACCAGUGCCUCGGACAACAACGGCAACAAGCCAAUGCACUUUACGGCCAACAACGAACCGAGGGCCCUGGAGGUGCUGGGCGAUCUGGAUCCCAGCAUAUUCAAUGAGUGCAAGGAGAAGAUGCGACCAGUGAAGAAGGCCCUAAAGGCCCUGGACCAGCCGGACUUAAGUCUGUCCGACCAGGAUCAGCUGCAGCACACUAGGGAUUGCCUCUUGCAAAUCGGCAAGCAGAUCGACGUUUGCCUCAAUCCCUACGGUGAGCCGGAGAAGAAGGAGUGGCGCAGCAACCUGUGGUACUUUGUAUCCAAGUUCACGGAGCUGGAUGCCAAGCGUCUGUUUAAAAUCUACAAGCACGCCCUCAAGCAGACAACGGGCGGAGGUGACGACGCAAGCGAGGCGAAGGGAAAGGCCAAGGACUCGGCCGGAAGCCCCACCAAGUCAAAGCGCAAUGGCCUGUCGGCUGAGGAAAGGGACAAGGAACGCGACAAGAGUGGCGGUAAGAAAAAGAAGAAGGACAAGGACAAGGAGCGUACUGGACAAUCGCGGUAUCCGGAAACGGGUGCCCCCUCCUCCGGUCGCUAUGCCAACGACUCGCCUCUGAAGCGGAAGCGGGACGAGAACGAUGCAGAGGCUAGCAGCGGAGUAUCUGGUACACCUGGCGGGGGCAUCGGUGACCACCUCAAGUCUAUGUCCUUCAAACGGCUCAACAUGGACCGCUAUGAGGAGCGCAAGAAGCAUCAUCGCGGCGCCGACUACUAUGGUGGCAGUGGCCCAGCCAUGGGCAGUGGAGGCUACGAAGGAGGCGGCAGCAGUAACUCCCGCCGUCAAGGCCCCACCUCCCCAUCCACACCGAACAGUCGUGGAGGUCGAGGCGGCUACGAUCCACCGCCCGCUCCGUCCGGCUACACACCGGAGAUGGAGCGGUGGCAUGCCCGCGAAAGAUACAGCCAGGAAUACAAACGCGAUCGCUACGAUGGGUAUGCGCGCAGUGGAGGAGCUCCCGGCGGCUAUCAUCGCGAACAGCGUGAACGCGAUCGUCGUCCCGACAAGCGCAGAUAUCCCUCGGGCCUGCCGCCUCAUGCUUACUCAAGCCCCUACCUGCCGCCUAACUACUAUGGAAUGCCGAAUGGAGUCGUUCCUGGCCUGCCGCCACCGCCGCCCGGCUACCGCAGUGACCCACGCGGUUAUCCGGUGAUGCCGCGAGACUAUCCUGCCGACUACAGACGCAGCGACUACGAGCGACGCACGCAGACCUGAUAACUCGGUCGUGGCACCCGUCUGUCUGUUGUACAUAGAAUGCCUAGACUUAAGCGCGACUGGGAUACUGGUGUACCCUGGCCAGCGACUCGACACAAGAAAACCAACCUGCAUACAAUACGUUAAGCGUAGCUCCGUACACACCUGUGCAAGUAAUACCCUAGCAGCUAACUUUACGUCUAUACAUAAUUUCACAUCCGAUCGCACAGUGGGCAAGCAAUGCAUCCAUCAUCCAGGGUUUUAGCGGCAAUACCUGCAACCUAAUCUUAAACUUUCUGUGUAUAAAUCAUAGGCUUUAACUCGUUCAUCAGUACGAAACAUUAUUUUUAUACUAUUUAACUGUACAGAAGAAGGUGCGCAGCGGUUAGGAAAGUGUGCUGUGUACUGUGUGCUGUGUGCGGUAUGCAUGUGGCCCAUGAUGCAGACAAGUCGUUUAAAAAGCUUUUAAACCCACAACAAAUUCUCACUAUAUUUAAACACUAAGAUAUGUUUGUAAACACAAAAGCAAUGAGGAGGGGUCGUUGAGGAAUCGUAUCAAGAUUUUGAAAAAUAGCAGCAGACUAAUAAUUUGUUUAAUGUCUAUAAUGCAUUCUAACUUUUAUAUACCGUUUAGAAAUAAAGAAUCAGCGAAUGAUCCAGAGAAUUGUAAUUUAGUUAAUAUUAAAUAUUAAUGAUAUAUUAAUAUACAAAGUACGUUGUAGUGUCUGAGAAAUCUAUUAAAAAUAUAUCAAUAAAUUAUAAAUAUAUAAAAA